CAUAUUUGUCUUGCGUUUCUCUUUGUCUAGUGUCUAACGAGAUAGUGCAUUCACGCAUGUACGCACGCGCCGUGCACCCUACGUGUUGCAUGGGUAUUGAUUGAUGUUACAUUCCAUUCAACUUUACUCUGUUCUAGAUACUGGCAUAUCACACCGCGUGGGCAGCGUCGGUCAAGUGAAAUCUAUGGAAAGUCGUCUCUACUGGACGAGUUCACCGAAUGAUCAUUCAUUGCCAUGUGAAUUCAUUACUGGUCAACCUUGUCACAGUCUAUAUAAACCGGAUCCACCAAGAAGUCUUGACGAUUCCGACUACGAUUCACCAUCGUCCGAUUAUGCGCCCCAUUCACCAGCUUCGCCCCAUCCAGGGACACAGCGACACGAAUAUCAUUCGUUGAAAUUUCUAGGAGAAGGUGCUUAUGGCGAAGUACACCUUGUGCGAAAUCCAUUCAGUCGGAAGUACAUACCCGAUGACGUCUUAGCGUUAAAAGUCAUCGAUCUCGAGCAUCGUCGAGAGGAUUCGAAACAAAAAUUUCGAAAUGAGGUCGCUCUGCAAAAUGCCUUGACUCCUCUACGACAUCCAAAUAUCGUCAAGUGUUUUGGAUCCAAUUAUGAGCUAGAACUCAAUCAGCUGCAAAUUUUUCUGGAGUACGUCCCUGGUGAUGAUUUACGUACCAUCAUACGUGACAGCCGUCAUGGAUGUAUCGAUGUACGUAGAGCCCGGGACUAUUUUCGACAGGUGACCAGAGGCGUUGAUUUCUUACAUCGUUUUCAUGUGGUGCAUCGUGAUAUAAAACCCGAGAACGUGAUAGUGAACAGCAAUGGUUUGUGCAAAAUCACAGACUUUGGUAUGGCUACACAUCUAGAAACUACCGCUGACAACAGAGAAAUACCACUUGAUCGAAUGUGUGGUACAAGCGAUUUCAUGUCACCGCAAAUGUUCAAGAAAAAAUAUCUAGGUUCUAAGAACGACGUCUGGGGAUUGGGUAUCAUUUUGGUAAUAAUGCUAACUGGCCGAAGACCAUGGAGAAGAGCACGAAAAAGCGAUCGCCGUUAUUACGAAUGGGCAUACGGAAGGUCUUUAUUAUACCCGCUCGAUCGACUGACUCCUGCAACAUUCGAAAUAGUGGAGUACGUUCUAAACGUUGAUGAGCAUACACGCCCGUCAUGCGACGAAAUUCUCGAGCAUUCAUGGUUGGCCUUAUGACCUACGUGUUGCACAAGAGGCUUCAAAUGUGCUACCAAACGUGCCCUUCAUCCGCAGUACACAGCUCUACUUUCAGUAUCAACCAAAUCAUUCUGUUAUUAUUAAUCAUUGUUCCAUUCUUUCUAGAAUUACUCGUUGGUUGGAAAUUUACGGAUGCUUUAUGUUAGGGGCAGAUUAUUUGACCAUCGAUUUCCGCGAUAGAACUUCCACGUAAACAAAUUUGCUGAAGAGUUGUUUUUGCGGAAACUGAUCGCCAUAUAAACUUGCGCCUAAGCCACUCUUUGGUAUACGGGCUCUCAUGAUUGGGUGUUUUCUCAUUAUCAUUGAAUUUGUAGUAUCAAAUGCGUUAUCAUCGUUAUUUAGAAUUAUAAUAGUUAUUCAGAUUAGAGAACUUGUAAAGGUGAAGAACACUAUUUUUCCGCAUGAUUCAUUAUUGCACUUGAUCUGUGCUGCUGCCUUGUGAAAUUGUGUGAAAUUAGCGUCACACUCCUCUCAGCACCUAGGCACAUUCUUGCCUGCUGUCACAUUUUUGCGUUCAGAACACAAAACGACUAGCAGAUUGCAGUGUGCGCUAGGAGAAAUGUCAUCAUUUCCACAUGAAUGUGUAAUUGUUCUCCACCUUUUUGUCUAAACACUGCAUCUCUGCAAGUUUUCCUUGUUCUGAUUUUCAUCCAAAAAUCCAGUGUUCUUACUCGAAUCAAGUCUUUCGGCUAAUCAUUUCUAUGUGUUUUCUUGUUUACAUGUGAUGAUCUCAACUACUUGGCGAAAACGCGCGACAAUCACGGUCAUGUUGUAUUACGCUAUCUGGGCGAUGUGCUCAUUCUGCUAUGUCAUCGAUUUUUUUGUUGAUCUUUCUUUCCCAUAUGAUAUUUGUGGUUUCUUUCCAAUCUGGGUCUAGGAUAUUAUCAAUUCAAUGCUAGUACGUGUCAGUAUGUUGCCUUUUUCCUUGACGGUUUGUGCA